UGUAGAGAGCUGGACUGUGGGGCUUCUGUACAGGUGCUGGGAGCAGCUGCUUUUGACAAAGGAGACACUCAGAUGUGGACACAAGAGAUUCAGUGCAGAGGAAAUGAGUCUCAGAUUCGAAUGUGUCCAGCAUCACAGAAACACAGCUGCUCUCAUGAUGAUCACCAGGUGCUUCUGUGUGCAGAUGUAAUGCAUGUGAGACUGGUAAAUGGUAACAGUCCUUGUGCUGGUAGAGUGGAGGUUCUUCAUAGAGGUCAGUGGGGAACAGUGUGUGAUGAUGGUUGGGAUUUGGCUGAUGCUGCAGUGGUGUGUAGAGAGCUGGACUGUGGAGAACCUGUAGAUGUUCUGAGUGAUGCUCAUUUUGGUUCUGGAUCAGGACCAAUCUGGAUGAGUAUUUUAACAUGUUCAGGAACAGAGUCUACACUGAAGAACUGUGGGUCAGCAGGAUGGAAUAAACAUGCCUGCACUCAUAAUUAUGAUGCUGGUGUCAUAUGUUCAGGUCACAAACGCUCCAGACUUGCUGAUGGGUCUAAUCUUUGCUCUGGGAGGUUAGAGAUACUUCAUGAU